AUGCUCACGUCGACAUUCGGGUUGCUCAAGGGCGGCAAGCCAUCGCCGUACCUCGAGUCGUACUGGAACCGCAUCCAGCUCCCCACUUUCUUCCUUAUCCUCAUCUACGUCGUCUGCGAGUUUACGGCAGCCUUCUCGGCCACCAUGCGCGUCUACGCUGGCAUUCCCGCGCUUUUUUUGGUCUGGGUCAUGAGCGUCUCGUACCUUGAGGUCAUCCCCGCCGUCGGGUACCUCCUCCCGAUGAUGCGCCGCAUGCUUACCGACUGCGCGUACACGAGUGCGCCUAACCUCCUCUUCAAGAGCCAAGGUGGGAAUCUCAAGCCGUUCGAGCCCGACCCAAAGUUUCUGGACAGCGCUAACAAUGCGACCAACGCAACGCUCGAGCUCCUUGCGAUUAUUCCCAAGAAUAAGGACAAGACCCGCUUGUUCCAAGGCUACGAAACCGUGCCCUGA